GGACGUCUAACGUGGCAGACAAGCGAAUGGCUGCGGCGUUACCACCACUUUUAUCUCGCAACGACCACUUGUUGAAUGGCUUCUCCGCAACGACCAUUAAGUCCGAACAAAGCCCAGAUCGAGAGUAAAAUUUAGAGGCCCCGAGAGCCAGCUAGGAAGCCCGCCCUGCCAAGUCCAGAGGGAAAUUAGUCGAAAUCAGGUCCCCGACGCGGCGGACGCUCACCCGAACCCCUUUGGAAAGGCGCUGAGUUGGAAGGGGAAAAUCACCCCGCAAUUCGCCCUCGCCCUCCGCCCCCUCAGGACAGGUCUACUGUGCACCUCUGCCACGCCCGCCGAGCCCUUCGUCGAGGAGAGUGCGAGAGAAUCCCCGGGAACAAGGGCUGAAGACCCCGAAAUAAGCGAGUUGAGAGGGACUUUUGGGGCGCCGUCGAAAGGGGACUCACACGCCGGAGGACCGUCGAGGAGGACGCAGCAGCAGCCGCUCGCGCAAUGCAGAACCAAAAUGAACUCCUGGGAAGAGCGGAGGACUUUGCAGACCAGUUCCUGCGAUACAGUAAGAACUAUUUGCCGCACAUAGCCAGAUUAUGUUUGGUGAGCACCUUCCUUGAGGAUGGCCUGCGUAUGUGGUGGCAGUGGCACGAGCAGCGGGAGUACAUGGAUAUUUCGUGGGGCUGCGGGUACUUCAUUGCCACACUGUUUGUGGUGAUCAACCUGGUGGGGCAGCUUGGGGGCGUGUUCAUGGUGCUUUUCCGCAAGAAGGUCGAGGUCGCAUGUGGACUCCUGCUCUUCAUUGUGGUCCUGCAGACCAUCGCGUACCAGAUCUUGUGGGAUAUGCAGUUCCUGUUCCGCAACCUAGCCCUGGUGGGAGGCCUGGCGCUGGUGCUUGCCGAGAGUAAAAAGGAAGCGAGGUCUAUCUUCGCAGGUGUCCCCUCAUUGGGAGAGAACAAGCCCAAGACGUACCUCAUGCUGGGUGGCAGAAUCCUUCUAGUAUUCAUGUUCCUCACACUCGUCAGAUUCGAGUUCUCCGUGAUGCAGAUAUUCCAGAUUGUGAUUGGCGGUCUGCUGAUGGCCCUGGUGGCCGUUGGAUACAAGACCAAGCUGAGCGCCUUCCUGCUUGUGCUGUGGCUCAACGUCUUCAACAUUUACGUGAACGCGUGGUGGUCUAUUCCUGCGUACAAGCCCAUGAGAGAUUUCCUCAAGUAUGAUUUCUUCCAGACGCUGUCGGUCAUCGGCGGUCUGCUAAUGCUGAUUUCGCUUGGCCCGGGAGGCGUGAGCAUGGACGAACACAAGAAGCAGUGGUAGAUUGUUAUUCCCUCCACCCCCUUUCCCCCCUUUACCCCCCUCCCCUCUUUCCCUUACCUUGUUUUUUAAAAAGCCACAAAUGUUUUAUUAGUAAGAGUUUAAGCGUGAAACCCUCAAGUUAUUGAAGAAUCCCCCUCUUUUUAUUCUAUUAUUUAUUUUUUUUAGUUAUGUUUUGUGCUUUUUUUCUUAUUAUUUUAUACAAGUGAGAGUAUCUGUUAGACUUUUGAAUGAUAAAGUAAACCGUAAGCCAAGUGACCGACCGCUCUGUACAUAGUUAUAGAAGCAGAAGCCAUACUCCUGGGCAUCCCUCCAUGGUCGUCCACGAGACUUCGAGCUUCCCAUUUAGCAUCCUCCUUCACCGUGUGCGCAGGAGGAGCAAGAAAUUGCUGUGCUGGUCGGCAAAGGAACUGUUUUUAAGAUUGUUUUUGUAGUAAAUAUAUUUGUUUUAAGAAUUCUUUUUGGUGUAUUAACGAUGUGUUCAGUUGAUUUGCAGUGGUGUACUGUAGAAGGGUGUUAUUAACUUUAUGGUGUACAUUCAUAAUGAAUGUGUAAAGAAUAUUGCUCUUGCAUUCUUGCUCUUGGCUUUGCGCAGUGGGUCUUUUUUUUAUGGUGUUUGGUGAUAAGGCUAAUGGAAAUCAUGGUGUUGAGCCUAAAAUUGUUGAACUGUGCAUACUCUUACAGCCUGGAGAGGAACAAGUUUGCUUCUAUUUUAUUUAUUUUAUUUUAUUUUUUUUUUAUUCUUGCCACUUUUUGGGGCUUCUGUCACUUUUUUCAGGGUUCUAACUGUUUUCUCAUGUACCAUAUAAGGAUACAGUGCUAUAGGAUGGAUGGUUUUAGAGCAACAUCACAACUGCCAGUGAGGCAACCCUCAGCUUGUGGGACUGACACUGUCAUGGCCAGUGUUGGUGCCAUUGCUUUUGAUAUUUAGCUAGAUGAAGUGAUCAAUCAGGCAGAGCUGGCUGGCUGCACAAAGUCCCAUAAGCAAUUGGUUGUGCAUUGGACUUUUUUUUUUCUUUUUUUUUUUUUCUUUUUUUGUAUAAUUUUCUGUCCUUGGGGGUGGAAUGUGCCAGCCCCCAGAGCACAAGGGGAGCUGCAGGUCCUCCAACGACCUUGUCUUUUUACAAUUUAUUUAUUUUAUCAUCUUUCUUAAACUUGUUAGUGUGUUUGAUUGUUUUUAUACAUAUAUCUCGAUCUCUGCUCCCAUGCUUCUAGAUUUUCCCAGUUCCAUAUAUGCACAGAAAUGUUUUUCAUGUGAAUUGUAAGUGAAGUGAAUAUAAUAAUAAUAAAUCUUUUAAAAGAUAAUAAAACCCAGAGGGCUAGUUUUGUAGAAAAAUGUUGACACAAAAUGACAAAAAAAAAACAAACAAAAAAAACUACGAAAUACAGGAUAGAAAGAACAGGAGCGGUGCGAGGCAACUCCACGUAGGUCCAAUUUUCUCCCAAGGCAGUUUCAGUGCCUCGGGAAGUUUUAUAUUUAUCGUUAAGAUUUUAAAAGAGCAGAUGUACCACUCUAUCAGGUGACCAAGAAGGACUAAAGCAAAUUGGUGAAUAACACUAACUUUUGUUAAAGUGGCUGUUAAUAAUAAAGAUGGUCUUCUUAAUUUUGGAUUUUUUAACAUUCAUUAAAUUUGCUUCACAAAUUUUUUGUAGUGAGCAAGUAUCAUGUAUGGAUGGAUUUUUUUUUUUUUCCUUUCUAGCUUGGGUUUAUGCAUAUUGGUACAGUUGUAUUGGUUUAUUGGCAAGAAUAACAUAAUUUUAUUGUACGUCUUUUUACAUCAGUUGUUGUGGGUUUCAAGUCAGUUUUGUACAGCUAGAAUCUAAAUUUGGUAUCUAAAAUUGUUAAUAUUUUAUUCUUAAAUUUUUUAGAAGAGAAAAUGUAGGAAAAAAUGAUGCAUAGUAAUCUCUACCAAUAAGAAAUGCUUACUGAAUGCUGAGAGAUUUGUUCUGGACCUCAAAUGUGAUGUUAAAUUAAUGAUAUAUAUGUAUAUAUGUAUAUGUAUGCAUAUAGUAAUGUUAGUAAGCUUGUAAGAUAAUCUUAUACAGAUCAUGACAUAUCCCCCCCCCCCCUCAUAAAUAUUUAAUCAGCUUUUCUCUCAUUCAUUAGGAAAUAAUUGCUAUUCUUUUUCUCUCAAAGCUUUCAGUUAAAAAAAAAGUGCAUCAUUUGUUUGCUAGUUGAUUACUUUAACAUUUUUAAUUAGUUGCUCAAGAUUAUAAAUCAUAUAAUAAGCAAAGAUUUUUAAGGGAAAUCAGUCUGGGGAGGAGGUGGCCUUGUUUGGAAUGCUAGUACAAAAAGAGACUAGACUAAGUACUGAAGAGCGUCUUUAGUCUUCUAGAUUCGCAUCCAGUUCUGAUAGUCUUUGUACAUUGUUUAGCAAGUAUUUCUAAAAGUUUAUUUUAUGGGAAUUCUAGAGAGAUUUGUUAAAAUUGUUUUUGGCAGAAGUGUAAAUUCUUUUGUAGUUGGAUUAUCAUUAUUAUUUUAUAUAGAUUUUUUUUUUUCUUUUUUUUUGUAUUGUGCUUGGGUGUUUAUAUACCAUCAUUCUGUUUUGAAUAUUGAAUUGACUUUAUAUCACCGUUAAAAGAAUUUAUAUACAUUUAUAUACACCAAGUAAAAAUACAUCUGUUCUGUAUUUA